AAUGAAAAAGUAAUUUAAAUAAUUUAUCUGAUUCAUUGACGCUUCUUUUAAUCAUUAUUUGAAUAAUAAUAUCUGUACGCUCAUUCUUUAUUUGGAUGGUGAAGAUUCAAUUCGAAAGUUAUUAUCCUUUUUUUUGUGUGUUUAUUCUAGUAUUAUUUUGUGUUAAAUAUUGAAUACUUGGAGUCGACCCAAUGUGCACCCCUAACCUGUUCGGUGAAUUGCUUCACAGAAGCAAUCUUAAGGGGCGGAAAAAAGAAAAAGAAAAGAAUUCUAGCUUUGAUAAUGAUCUAACAACCAUUAAAAGACAGUUAACAUAUUGCAUGAAUUCAAGCUGGAAUUCACACCUGAUGCUCAACUAAUCACUGACAUUGGGAGUGAAUAAAAUGCCAAGCUUUUCCCUAUAAAUACUCUCAAUGUCUCUCUCAUUUUGAGAUCUAUUUAUGUAUGAGUUCUACACAGGAACCCAUUAGAUAUUUUGGGAUCUGGGUUUGUAUCGUUUUCAUAAAGUUGCUUGAUUUCGUAGUUUGUUGAUAAGGUCCUUAUACACCCGGAAACAUUCUAUGCUUUGUGCUGUUGGGAUUUGAUUUAUUUCCAUUUUGUUCUAAGGACUUGGUUGACCGAGUAGUUGAGGAUUUCUGUAAUUGUUAUUGUAUCUCUUUGUAUUAGGGGAAUACUUGCAUCCCAACUAACUCUUCUUUGAGUUCAUAAUAGGAGGUGGGUCUCUUAGUGCUUAUGUGUUAAUCAUACUUGCAUUGACUACCCUUCUCUGGCUCUCUCUCUCUACUUAUCACGAGCUAUAGGGGUAAUAAGUAUCGGUAGAUAAUUGGAGGUAUAGCAACUUUUAGGGACUUUUGUUUCUUUGUCUUGCUUGCUUGAUCUACCACUUCAGCUUGCUUAUUUGAUUAAUGGAUCGGUCUCUGUUCUCUAUUCUUUCCCUGUUAUCUCUUUUUCUCUGUUCUUGUAUAUCUUCUCCCGUUGAAGAUCAAGAGAGAGACAAAAUCACAUAUUUACCUGGGCAGCCAAGGAAUGUAGAAUUCAAUCAGUAUUCAGGUUAUGUGACUGCGAACCAACAAAAUGGGAGGGCAUUGUUUUACUGGUUGGUUGAGUCCCCAGCAAGUCGUGGAGCUGAGUCAAGGCCACUUGUUUUGUGGCUCAAUGGGGGCCCUGGUUGCUCUUCAGUUGCUUAUGGAGCGGCUGAGGAAAUUGGACCCUUUCGCAUUAAGCCUGAUGGGCAAACUCUUUACUUCAAUCCCUAUGCUUGGAAUAAGGUGGCAAAUAUCCUAUUCCUUGAAUCUCCAGUUGGUGUUGGGUUUUCAUAUACAAAUACAUCAUCAGAUUUGUACACAAUGGGUGAUAAGAGAACCGCCGAAGAUUCAUAUGCAUUUUUGGUCAAUUGGUUCGAACGAUUUCCUCAGUACAAACACAGAGACUUUUACAUUGCUGGAGAAAGCUAUGCAGGUCAUUAUGUUCCUCAGUUGUCCCAAAUUGUUUAUGAAAAGAACAAGGGAAUUCAGAAUCCUGUAAUAAACUUUAAGGGAUUCUUGGUGGGAAACGCAGUCACUGAUGAUUACCAUGAUUAUAUUGGUACCUUUGAAUAUUGGUGGACGCAUGGUCUAAUUUCCGAUUCUACAUAUCGAACUUUACGUGUUUCCUGCAAUUUUGGGUCCUCUAUGCACCCAUCAGCAGAAUGCAUCAAGGCCCUUUACCUUGCAGAGGUGGAGGAGGGGCACAUUGAUCCAUAUAGCAUUUUCACUCAGCCAUGCAAUAAGACGGAAAUGCUGAGGCACAACAUAAGGGGUCACUAUCCGUGGAUGUCAAGAGCAUAUGAUCCCUGUACAGAGAGGUAUUCUGAAGUUUACUUCAAUCGCCCAGAAGUUCAAAAGGCACUCCAUAUAAAUGGGAUCCCUUACUCAUGGCAAACCUGCAGUAAUAUUGUUGGAAACUAUUGGGCCGAUUCACCACUUUCUAUGCUUCCUAUAUACAAAGAACUCAUUGCUGCUGGUCUGAAGAUAUGGGUCUACAGUGGAGACACUGAUGCAGUUGUUCCUGUUACUGCAACCCGAUACUCCAUCGAUGCAUUAAAGCUACCAACUAUUAACAACUGGUAUCCUUGGUAUGAUAACGGAAAAGUUGGGGGCUGGAGCCAAAUUUACAAAGGAUUAACUUUCGUGACAGUAACUGGAGCAGGGCAUGAGGUUCCACUUCAUCGUCCUCGCCAAGCAUUUAUACUUUUCAGAUCAUUUUUGGAGAACAAGCCAAUGCCCAGAUAAACUACUUACUCCUAUUCACUUAAUUCCAGUGGAUGAACAAAUUAUAGGAUUAUUCAUAUAGAAAGUAUCUGUAAACGAUAGAAUAAAAGAUGCAUUCAUCUCGAGUGCCCUUCCAUUAUUGCUCAUUUGCACCGCUUAUGAGAGUUAUUCAUUCUUUAUAGGUGGCUUAGAUUAUUUGAACUGUGCUUGUGCCUAAUAUUGGCUUAUCAUGCUUGUUCUUCAGUAUCAUGUAGUAGUAUUGCUUUUUCUUGUUUUGAGUUCAUUAUGUUCAACAUGAAAUAAAAUUGAUAGAAAAGUAUUAAAUUGCUUAA